CAUUUUGAUACACUUUCUAUUUUCUAAUACUAAUAUUACUAUUUUCUCAUUAUCCGAACAAUAACUCAAUCCAAUGGACGCCCUUUUUGCAAAAGGAAAGGAAUUUCUCAGGUCCAACAGUGGCAAAGAAACUUCCCCUCGCCCUGAAAGAACAAAACAUCAUGAUGACGUGGAUGAUUCCGAUGACCGCCCUGAAAAGAAAACAUCAGCAAGUGGCGGCGCCAAGACUGGCACCGCAAGCGGUGGCGCCAAAACUGCCUCUGCAAGAAGCGGUGACGCCAAGACAGGUGGCACCGCCGAGAGUGGCGGCGCCAAGACAGGUGGUGCCGCCAAGACGGGUGCAGGCCGCGGCGAGGGUGGUGCAGGUCGCGGCGCGGCUGGUGCUCAUAAUCCAAAUGAGCACAAAGAGCCAACAAACUCUGAGCUGAUGGCUAGUGCAAAGCUGCUGGCUGCAGCUGCACAGUCUCAAUUAGGUGGCGGCAGCGACGGCAAACCCAAAGAAGAAUUGGAUACUGGAAAGCUUGCCGGAGCCGCCGCCGACCUCCUUAGCGCCGCCCAAAAAUACGGGAAAUUAGGCGAAGAUGGAAUCGGUAAGUAUGUGGGACAAGCUGAGGAUUAUCUCCAUGGUUAUGAGCUCAAGAAUGCAAAAAAAGCGGGUGCAGGUUCCGGUGCAGGUGCAGGUGCUGGUGCUGCCUCAGCCAAAAAGAGUACUACUGCGGCGCGCAAGGACUCGGAGCAUCGCCCAAAGGGCAAUGCCGACAAUUCAAGAGAUGAUUAUGAUGAUGGUGAUGAGCACGGAGAGCAUAAGAAAAGGAUGCCACCAAAGAAACAAUCCAGUGACAAUUACGAUCAUGAUCGUGAGGAAGGUGAUGAUGAUCAUGCUGGAGGGCACGGCGAGCAUGUGCAGCAGGGUAGAGGGAUGCCCAGGAAACAAGCUGGUGACCAUCAUGAUCACCGUGAACGUUCAGAGGAAGAUGAUGAUCAUCCGAGAGGCGGGCACGGUAAAGCUAAUAGAUCCGGUGGACAUUCAGAGGAAGAUGAUCAUGGCAAAUCUGGUGGAGGGUACGGCGAGUAUAUCAAGAAAGCUCAAGGAAUGCUAAGUAAAAAACCCGGAGGUGAUGAUGAUUCAGAGAAAGGUGAUGGUGAAUCUGGUGGAGGGUAUGGCGAGUACAUCAAGAAAGCUCAAGGGAUGCUCAAGAAAAAAUCAGCUGACGAUGAUGGUCCGGAGAAAGAUGAUGCUGAAUCUGGUGGAGGGUAUGGUGAUUAUAUCAAGAAAGCUCAAGGAAUGCUCCAGAAAAAGUCCGGUGAUGAAAGUCCAAGGGAUGGAGGUGAUGGAGAUUCCGGUGGCGGGUUUGGUGGGGUCAUGAAAAUGGCUCAAGGUGUGUUUAAGAAAGAUUCCGGUCAUGAGGGCGAUCGUAGCCCUACCAAAGAUCACACUGAGGAAGGUGCAGAGAGCAAAGGAGAUUUUCUUAAGAUGGCAGGAAGUUUCUUCAAGUAAUAAGAAACAUAGACUAAUUGUAACAUAGAAUGUCAUGAUCUGUUGUUUUAUAAGCUUUUGAUCAAUUUUUCUGUUGUUCUUUCCUAAAGUUUUAGGAUUUUUAGCUAUAGUUCGAUUUGAAUUGUAAUAAUGGAAACAUGUACUCUGUGUGUGGCUAGCUAGCUAGGAGCUGCCAUGCAAAUAUUAAUGUACAUGCAUGUAAGUAGAAUAUACAAUUUUGAUUUGAAAGUUUUCUGUGGGGUUAAUAGAAAUUUUC